AUGGGGCUUCUGAUCAUUCUGAAGAAGAUGAAGCAGAAAGAGCGGGAGCUGCAACUGCUCAUGCUUGGCCUAGACAAUGCUGGCAAAACAACCAUCCUCAAGAAGUUCAACGGGGAAGACAUUGACACCAUCUCCCUGACGCUAGGCUUCAACAUUAAGACCCUGGAACAUCGAGGAUUCAAGCUGAACAUCUGGGAUGUGGGAGGCCAGAAGUCCUUGCGGUCCUACUGGCGGAACUACUUUGAGAGCACCAAUGGCCUCAUCUGGGUGGUGGACAGCGCCAACCGCCAGCACAUGCAGGACUGCCAGCGGGAGCUCCAGAGCUUGUUGGUGGAGGAGCACCUGGCUGGAGCAACCCUCCUCAUCUUUGCCAACAAACAAGACCUGCCUGGAGCACUGUCCUCUAAUGCCAUCUGUGAGGCCCUGGAGCUGGACUCCAUCCACAGCCACCGUUGGUGUAUCCAGGGCUGUAGUGCCGUCACUGGGGAGAACCUCCUGCCUGGCAUUGACUGGCUUCUGGAUGACAUUUCCAGCUGCAUCUUCACGGCCGACUGA